CAUAAAAAUAACAAAAACAUUCUUAGAGAGCUUUGGAGAUAACGAGAACAAGAAAGAAAGAGAAGAUUAUAUACAUAGAAAAGGAGAGAUCAAAUGGAGUGGGAGAAAUGGUACUUAGAUGCGGUUCUUGUGCCAAGUGCUUUACUUAUGAUGUUUGGUUACCACAUCUAUUUGUGGUAUAAGGUUCGAACCGAUCCUUUCUGCACCAUUGUUGGUACAAAUUCCCGCGCCCGUCGAUCUUGGGUAGCAGCCAUCAUGAAGGACAACGAGAAGAAGAACAUCUUAGCGGUACAAACACUACGAAACACGAUAAUGGGAGGGACGUUAAUGGCAACCACUUGCAUCCUCCUCUGCGCAGGUCUCGCUGCCGUUUUAAGCAGUACUUAUAGCAUCAAGAAACCUUUAAACGACGCCGUAUAUGGAGCUCAUGGUGACUUCACUGUUGCACUCAAAUACGUAACCAUCCUCACAAUCUUCCUCUUCGCCUUCUUCUCUCAUUCUCUCUCCAUUCGCUUCAUCAACCAAGUCAACAUCCUUAUUAACGCUCCUCAAGAACCUUUUUCUGAUGAUUUCGGCGAAAUAGGAAGCUUUGUGACUCCCGAGUAUGUCUCUGAACUACUCGAGAAAGCUUUCUUGCUCAAUACGGUAGGUAAUAGGCUGUUCUACAUGGGCUUGCCUUUGAUGCUAUGGAUCUUUGGGCCUGUGCUUGUGUUCUUGAGCUCUGCUUUGAUAAUCCCUGUUCUUUAUAACCUCGACUUCGUGUUUUUGUUGAGCAAUAAGGAGAAGGGUAAAGUCGAUUGCAAUGGAGGUUGUGAUGACAACUUCUCGCCUUAAUUAUCUGUUGAUGUUGAAUUCGAAUAAUGAUAAAGCUGUUUGUUAUUACUGAUUUACUAGUCUAAAAAGUCUUUCGAUUUACUCUUUUCAAAGCUUACCAAAAAAAAAAUGUACUAGAUCCGAGUCUUUUUUUAAUUUUUAAUUUUUUUUCCUGGUGAAGAUAUUCAUGAUCUGCUAUAUAUAAUUAGUAAAAGUUCCAUGGAUAGUCAAAAUGGAAAUUAAUUAACAAAACUAUCUUUUUUAUAAAAUUUUUUAUUACUAUGCUGCUAACAAGUAACAAUGAUGCGACCAUCCUUAGUCCCUUACACUUGAUUCGUCUAUUAUUUUUUCUAAUUCAAAUGUCAAUUUUUUAAUGGCACAGAUACUCGUUUUCAAGUCAAUGGAGUGAUACUCAUCUGAAUUGGUCGUGUCUUUUUCCUUUAUAUUAGCCCUAUCAGCGGCUUUAAUAAUUAUAACAGACAUUAUUAUAUUGAUGAUUAUUGGGAUCCAAUGAAGAAAGCGCGGAUCACCAAGUUUUUGAUCAUUGGUAUAUGCGAUUCAUCCAUUUCAUAACGGAUAAUCAUUCUUACGCGAUGAUCUGCUGAGAGUGUGACAAUUAUUUGAUCGUUUACGCUAUGUUCCUUAACCUGGUCAUAAACAACGGUAUAUAUAUAUAUAUGCGUUACCUUAACUACUUCACAAGCAAGGUUUCAACUUUUCAAGUAAGGAAUUCACUCACCGUAGUCUCUGCAAUACCAAAAUCAUCCAACAAGCUCAUCGAUAAGUAAUCUUUUUUGCGCCAGUGAAUUUGAACAUCUGAAAUAGUAUCCAUCAUUUUAAAUAGCUAUCACCUAGGCAUAAUUUUCUAAUAAACACGAAUUCACAAAAGCGUAAAUAGAUAUAUUUGAAUAUACAAGUAGAUUACCGGAGUUUUCAAGUAUGGAUAUGAUGACGUUGCUAACCUCCGAAGUUAUGUUCAUCAUCUGCACCAUAAAUUACUUAAAGCCUUCCGAGAAGAAGUGCAAAUGAAGGUGACGAAACAUGAGGAGCUUCUUUGAGUACUAAAGCAUGAUGAGGAGGUUCAAUGUUUUUUGAGUAUGGGAAGAAAAUGCAGUAGAUAUUGCCUGUGUCAAGCUCUAUCCAUGGCUCUUCAAUAUAACAUAUAUUCAUGAGAGUCAAAUUAAAGCAAGAUCAUGCAUAUAUAUACAUUUGUUCACUGCAAAAAUGUAAAGGUAAGAAUCAUG